CGACAAUAUGGUCAGCCAGUUUUCUGAACUCCAAAAUUAGUACGUUUUUAGCUGCCGUCGAGAGUGGUGGUUGCGUUUGUGUUGCGGCGUGUUUUUGGUGUGUUUGUUAUAUUUUUUUAAACAUAAGCCUUGUGUAAAUGCCAGAAAUGCUAAAAGCACAAAUGCAGAAACGCGACCAUUAAACGAAUUUAAAAAAAUUGCGGCUCCUACGAUACGCGAGUUCACGAAAAAGUUCUGCAAAAAAGGUGAUAAGCGCGCAAUUGCUCCUGCCUGUAUGUUUUUCCUCUUUUUUGUAUUCGACGAAAUUCUUGUUUUUGCUGAAAUUCCAAUGCAGGAAUAAUCCACGAAUCCACCCUAAAACAGCCAAAUAAUAAAACUGUGCAUAUAACAAAACAGAUAAGCGCGCAAAAUAGCAACAGCUGCAGUUGGAAGUGCAUGACUUAAAGAUACCCCGUAUUUUGAGUUAAUAUAAACGUGAAGAAGUGUACGAAAGAGUGAAACGCAACCAAAAGUGCUACAACAUAAAAAUCAAUACAAAUAUAAACAUAAUAAAUAAAGUCAAUCAUAUUUAAUAAGCCGCAUUUGUAAUAAAUUAAUUAAGAAAAUGGGCAAACUGCUGAGUCUGUUGUCACGCGACGAUUCAAAUUGUUGCGCCGCCAAAUCCUACGACGUUUUCCUAGACUUUGAGAACGCCGCGCCCACGGAUACGGAGCGGGAAGUGUACGAUGAAGUUGAGCGCGUGCUCAAGGAAUCGGAAGUCGUUUUAGAGGAGAUACAAAUCUAUAAGGGCGCCAACAAAGAAAUACGCGAAGCCAUCGCCGAUCCCUCGCCCGAGGUGCAGGGCAAAGCGUGGUCCGCCGUGCUGCCGCUGGUCAUAAAGCUGAAACGCUGCUACGAGCACUCCCUGGAGCUGGACAAAAUAGUGCCCAAGCUGCUGGGCCAAUUGGUUGGCGGCAAGCUGAAUCCGACGCAGCACCUGGAGACACAGCAGGCGCUGGUCAAGCAGCUGGCCGAGAUACUGGAAUUUGUGUUGAAAUUCGAUGAGUACAAGAUGAAAACACCCGCCAUACAGAACGACUUCAGCUACUACAGGCGCAUUGUCAGUCGACAGCGCGUGGACUCCACGGAAAACAUGCUGGUCAGCACGGAGCUGGCGAAUCGUAUGUCAUUAUUCUAUGCGCAUGCCACGCCCAUGCUAAAGGUGCUCAGCGAGGCGACAUCAAAAUUUGUGAAUGAUAAUGCGGAUGAUGUGCAAAAUACAACAGAAACUCUUGGUACAAUGGCCAAAGUGUGCCUGCGAAUGCUGGAGAAUCCUAAACUGCUGCAGCAGAUCGAACGGGAGGAGACGCAAAUGCUGGUGCUGCGCGUUAUGGUCGGACUGGUCAUACUCUACGAUCAUGUCCAUCCUGUGGGAGCAUUUGCGCGCGGUGCCCACGUGGACGUGAAGGGCUGUGUGCGGCUACUGCAGGCACAGCCGGCGAUAAAGGCGGAACCCCUGCUGAACGCCCUGCGCUACACGACGAAGCAUCUAAACGAGGAAAACACGCCGAAGAACAUACGCAAUAUGUUAGCCGCAUAAUGGCAGAGUCCGGCGUGGAGCAAGCCAAAUCGUUUUGUUUAUGUGUAAAAUUUGUAACGUUAACUUUGUUUAAAGAUUUAAACGGUUUUUAAUUUAUGUAAUUAAUAGGCUUCUACUACGAGUAUAUAUAUAUAUAUAGAAUUAUUAUGUUUAAAUUGUGUGAAUGUUGUGCAGAAAGGAGGCAGCAUUUAGUUUUAUUUAUGCAUUUCCAAUAUUUGUCGUAUUAAUUUGUAAUUUGUAAUCAUAUUUUGUUCUCUUGUUUGGCGCCUCCUUGUGAAGUAAACAUGCAAAUAUAUAUCAAAAACAACCAGCAACAAAACAAUAUUUAGUUCAUAAUCUAGCACUAAUAUUAAGUAAUGAACAAACCUAUUACAAAUUGAUUAACAAAACAAAUUAGCGCAAAGUAUAAUAUGAUGGAAAUGAAUAUCCUAAAUUCCAAUUUCAACUACUAACCAGAGAUUAUAAAUUUAAAUACAUUUUUAAAUAAAAUUUAGCAUAUUUUUUUGUACAUGAUAUAAAUUACAAUUAAUUAUAAAACUUAAAACAAAAACAAAAACAAUACAUACCAACUAAAAUGGCCUGAACAAAAACUGAACCAUCAAACAGUAAGAACGCAGAUGCAUUUAUAUUUUCACUCUGAACUAAAGAUUUGAUAAACAUAUUAAACCGAACCUUUGUAUGAUUAUAAAAGAAUGCUGCGCAAUAAUAUUUUAAGACUUACACAAAGAAAUUUAUAAAGCUUGUAUUUAAACGAACAAAAUCAAUCAAUCAAGCAAGCGAAACAAAAAUAAACUGAAAACACAGACUAAAUAAUUCGAUUUAUGUGCGAUAGGAGUUAAUGCCACAACAAUAAACACAUGUUGAUGAGUAUCUA